CUUAAACCCAGAAGCACUGAGCUCUGCCCACUUCCUCUUCCAAACCCAUAAACCCUCCUAAAACCUCAAUCUCAGCUACACCUGUCUCUCCCUCGUGUCCAACUCAUAAACCACGUUAAAACCCAAAUUUCAAACCCCAUCUUCAAAACCCUGAUCCAAUCACCAUGGCUCUCUCCAAAGCCAGCUUCUUCACGCAGCUCAAAACCCUAACCAAACCGCAUCUCCACCACCCACCACCACCGCCGUUGCUCUCCCUCCGCCACCUGUCCUUCGCCACCCCAGAAGAGGCUGCUGCUGAGCGGCGCCGCAGGAAACGCCGCCUCCGCAUCGAACCACCGCUAUCCUCACUCCGCCACCAACAAGCCCAACAAGCCCAACCCCGCCAAAACCCUAACCCUAAUCAUAACCCUAACGCCCCCAAGCUCCCAGAACCGGUCUCCGCUCUCUCCGGAAACCGCCUCAACCUCCACAACCGUAUCCUCGGUCUCAUUCGCGUCAACGAUCUGGAUGAAGCUGCCCUCCUCACUCGCCACUCCAUUUACUCCAAUUGCCGCCCCACCAUUUUCACCGUCAACUCUGUCCUUGCGGCCCUCCUCCGCCAGUCCCGCUAUUCCGACCUCCUCUCCCUCCACCGCUUCAUCACCCAGGCUGGGGUUGCCGCAAAUGUUGUCACCCAUAACCUUCUCAUUAACGCCUAUCUCGAUUGCCGCAAAACCGACACCGCCCUAGAACACUACAAACAAUUGAUCAACGACGCCCCAUUCAAUCCCUCGCCCACCACCUACCGAAUCCUAAUCAAAGGGCUUGUUGACAAUGGCAAGGUUGAGCGGGCUCUGGAGCUCAAGGAGGAAAUGUUGGGCAAGGGUUUUGCAGCGGACCCGGUUGUGUACAGUUAUUUGAUGUUGGGCCAUGUGAGGAACUUGAAUGCGGAUGGGGUUUUUGAAUUAUAUGAAGAAUUGAAGGAGAAGUUGGGCGAUGUGGAUGAUGGGGUAGUGGUUGGGAGCUUGAUGAAGGGGUAUUUCUUGAGGGGCAUGGAGAAGGAGGCGAUGCAGUGUUAUGCAGAGGCAGUUGGAGAGGGUUCUAAGAUUAGAAUGAGUGCAGUUGCUUUCAAUUCGGUGUUGGAUGCGUUGAGUAAGAAUGGGAAGUUUGAUGAAGCAAUGUUGCUGUUUGAAAGGAUGAUGGCAGAGCAUAACCCUCCAAGGCGGCUGUCCGUGAAUCUUGGGAGUUUUAAUGUGAUGGUGGAUGGCUUUUGCACAGCAGGGAGGUUUAAGGAUGCUAUUGAGGUCUUCAGGAAGAUGGGUGAGAAGAGGUGUAGCCCAGACACGUUAUCAUACAAUAAUUUGAUUGAACAAUUAUGUAACAAUGGGAUGUUGGCAGAGGCCGAGGAACUUUAUGGAGAAAUGGCAAAUAAAGGAGUGAACCCAGAUGAGUUUACUUAUGUGUUGUUGAUGGAUACUUGCUUUAAGGAGAAUAGCACAGAUGAUGCAGCUGGGUAUUUUAGAAAAAUGGUUGAAACUGGGUUGAGACCAAACCUGGCAGUUUAUAGUAAGUUGGUUGAUGGGUUGGUUAAAGUGGGCAAAAUUGAUGAGGCAAAGUCUUUUUAUGAUUUGAUGGUGAAAAAGCUUAAGAUGGAUGAAGCAAGCUAUAAGUUUAUGAUGAAGGCAUUGUUUGAGGUUGGGAAGCAUGAUGAUGUACUUAAAAUGAUUGGAGAUAUGCUGGAUGAUGAUGCUUCUGAGUUUACUACAGAUUUGCAAGAAUUUGUUAAGGAAGAAUUGAGGAAGGAAGGUAGGGAGGAGGAUGUGGUGAAGCUUAUGGAGGAUAAGGAAAGGGAGAAGGCUGAAGCUCAAGCUAAGGAGGCUGCAGCUACAGAGGCAGCCAAGGCCAGUGCCAAGGCUGCUGUUUCUUCUUUAUUGCCAUCUAAAUUAUUUGGGUCUAAAGACACCGAGAAUGAGCCUGAUGUUGUCAUUGGAAAUACAGUUGAGGCUAUUUCUGUGAAUGAAGAAGUGGAGGAUGUGGAACAAGAAAGCAUUGGUGAUUCUCCUGCAGAGUCUGGUUCAGAAGAAGCAACUAAAGCCCAUAAUUCAGCUGAUUUAGAUGUUAAGAGCGAUGACAGGGCUGAGCAGGUAACAGCUUAAAUGCACAAUUCUUUGGUGGUAGACUUGUGGGAAAAGGGUAAAAAAUAGUUUGAAGUAUGAGCCUCUAAUGUCUUUUGUUGUGUAAUUAAAGAAUGUUGGAAAUCUUGAUGAUUUCUUCUUCUUUAGUUCAUCUUCUAGGUAAUAGCGGUUUAUCCAUUGAAUCUUCUUUUGGAACCAGCAAGUUCCUAUUGUACCGGAGUAUGUGAACUCCCACCAUAAAAGCAAGUAUUGGAGUUCUAAUAUUAUGUUUUUCUUCCUUUUUUUUUUUUUUUAAUUGUUA